AUGAAAUUUGUAUCCAAAUCAUUUCUUCAGAGUGUAAGAACUUCACAAAUAGUUGUUAACGCUUUAAUAACUAUUCUAGAAAUCACGCUUAUAGCCUUGUUACAUCGAACAGAUUAUAAGUUAAGUGGCGAUGAAUUGGGAGUAGGUUUGACGCAUGUAUUUAGAUUUAGUAUCAGUAUUUUAUCUUUUAUAUCUAUAGGCGUUUCAUUUAGACGUUUCAGUCAUCGAUGGAAUAUUGGACAAAUCCAAAAAGAUAUUUAUGUAGAUAGUUUCCUAGCAUUGAUAUGGUCCUUGUCAUCAAUCUCUAAUACAAUUCCGUUAUUCUAUCAAGAAGAUAGUUUGGAUAAUGAGCAUUUUGCUUAUGGUUUCCACAUUGAUUAUAAUUAA